UAAGAAUCUGCCGGUUCUCUUCAAUUCAAAUUAAGAACUCUAAACCCUUUCUUCUUCUUCUUCUUCUUCUUCGCCAAACGGUGGAAUCUACAGCAUCAACAUUUCCGGCACUGCGAAUUUCGCCAUCGAUCUUCGUUAAUCUCUGUUCAUGGAGGACAGUGAUGGCAGGAGAAGUGAGUUCGAGAUCCAUGGGCUCAGUCUCAUCGACGUCUCCUCCGAAGACGAUAGUCUCCUCUUUUCGUCUUUCCUCGAUCCCAGUAUCAACGAUUUCUCCGAGAAUGAUAAGGAUGACAAAGUUCUUGGCUUUCUGGGGGGUUCUCAUGAUUAUGAUGAAGAGAUACCGGUGUCUACCUUAGAAGAGAAGGAACAAGUGCUUCAACCUCAUGAAUCACCUGAACCCGAUACAUUGACGAAAAGUGGAAAGUAUAACUUGCGCAAAAGUCUUGCCUGGGACAAAGCCUUUUUCACAAGUGCAGGUGUCCUGGAGCCUGAGGAACUGUCCAGCAUGAUAGAAAGCAACCAUAAGGGUGAAAAUCAAAGCUUAUCAACCAUUCAAGAGGAUCUGCAAAUGUCUACAGAAUCCAUAUCUACGUUUCAAAGUGAUUGCACAGUGGAGAACUGUCAGGAGUUUGGUUUCUUCGAAGAUAUAAGAGCAUCAAUCCAAAGAUCUGCUAAAGCAUCUGAUGCUGCAACACCGGACAAAAGUAAGGAAUUGGUACCAACAGAUGCAGCAACCAGCCCAAUGUCCAGCAUGGUGGAGGACCCUAUCUCUCAGGAAAAGAUGAAACCCAAAGCAAGUCCUAAGAAGCCAAGUUUUAGAGUACAGGGUUUAGGGAAGGCAACAAAGCAGCCUGUUGCUUCUAGAGGAUCGAGUACAACCACCUCCAAGCCGCCCAAGGUAAUCAGCCGAGUCAGACCUAUGCCAACAACAUCAACGAAGAGAGCAUCCUUAGAUGUUAGCAAAACCAAACAAGAAAAGGAUUCCAAGUUAUCUGGGGGUGGGGGUAAACAGCCCUUAGGUUCUAGAAUAUCCAUCUCUGGAAGUGCUAAACCCGUCUUGCCAAGACCUGUGGUGCCUUCUAAAUCUUCUUUGCGCUCUUCAGUUGCCUCAAAGAAUGAACUGACAUCUUCUUGCUCUUCUCUAGAGAGCUGCGCUAGUGCUUCAUCUAGCAUUUCUUACAAAUCUUCCACAAAUUUGAUACAGAAGAAGAAAGAUUCCAGUUCCAGAUUAGCCUCUCCUUCUUUCACAAAUAGGACCUUGCCUAGAGUUGCGCCUAGAAAUACGAGUCAGCCUAGAAUUCCAUCCCUCUCAACCAAGGGAACAUCCAAAUCCAAGCUUUCCUCUAACGUAUCACCUGCUAGCUCUAUCAGUGACCGGUCAUCAGAAUCAUCACGAGCUUCUACUCCAAAUAAAACGGCUAAAGACAGCCAGAAAACAGUCUCCGGUGCAAAGGGCUCUGCAAACAAUGAUAGACCACAGACUUCGAAGCCUCUUGUCAAUUCUAACAAUGAAACUUUUGUCCGACCUGGCUCUAUGGUUGGUGAACUCGUCCAUGAUGGUACAAAACGAGUUUCAGCUGUUAAUGGUGGUGUCGUUCAUCCAGCUUCAAUGAAACCGACGGGCCUCCGUGUCCCAUCACCAAAAAUUGGCUUCUUUGAUAGAGUGAGAAGUGCUGCCCAAACUCCCACGGGAAACAUGCAAGAUCGUUCAUGUGCUUUAAGUAGUUUGUCCAAGCAUGGAGUUAAUAGCCCAAAUGGAUCCUUAACGAAAACAAAGUCUGAAAAGCUUCAGCCUGAAAGACACCCUUUACAAGAGUCGUCAAAUUCUAAAACAAAGGUCAGUAGUUUUACCAGGAGUCCCAGAGUCAUCUCUGUCUCAUCACCAAAGGCACAGAACAAAAAGUAUUCGAAAAUCAUUGCAGAAGAACAAUUAAAGGGUGAAGGUGAUAAUGAAGAGAAGAAGACUGCAGGAAAUAACAGCUCUCUACCAUCGGUAAGCGAAAGAGGAAGCAGUGGAAAGCAGGGCACUGGUUUGGCAAAAGGUACAAAGAAAGUAUGUCCUGCUAAUGGAGAACCCAUGUCCAUUAUUGAUCAGAAUUCUGCUUCUGGUGGUGAGAAUAUGAUCUCAUGUAUUGAGUUGCCUAAAGAGGGAGAAACGCCAGAUAAAGCUGUGUGCGAGCAGAGUGACAAAUCAAUCAAAGAAACCAAAGACAUGGUCUCAGAUAUGCCAUCAGAGAUGGAAAAAGAGUUUGCAGGAGAUGAGUCAGAGGAUACAUCUCUCAAAAGGACUCCUCUCUUAGUCAACAGUUCUGCUCAUGGCGAAGACGGGAUGCUUACCAUUUCCGAGAGGGUAGUAGAAGUAGCAGAAAACCCGAGCCUGACUCCAUUGGAGAACAUCCCGGAAGCAAAUAGCUAAGCUCAGUGUCUCUUCAAGGUCUGCAAGAAUGGAGGUCGACAAAACAAAUUUCGGGUCAGCUUCGAUCCCGAAACAGAGAGAGCUGAAAGCUUUCGGCAAGCGCACAACACUUGGAAGAGCUUCAUUCUCGGUAUGAAUCAAGUAGGAUGAUGUUGAUAUUCCAUGCAUGAAGUACGACUUGUGCUAUAUAUAUUGCCUGUUAGCCCGACCUAAUUACUUGUAUGCCCUUUUCAUCUCUUAAAACGAAUAUGAUUAGGGGCAUGACUUAGAUCACAUCCGACAUCUUGUCUGAGAGCUUUUGUAUUUGCCAUUUGGUUUAGAAACAUAUCAUGUCGGCUACAUACUUCCUCUAUGACUUUAGGUACAAAAAACUCGAGAUCCUUUCUCUGUCUAA